AUGAGCAAUAGUAGCUGCAGCUCAAACCAACUGUUCCUACAGCCGCUCUGGGACCUCUCGAGGACUUUCGUCCAGUCGGCCUUUUUCCCCGUCAUUUUCGCGAUCACCACUUACGUGGGCUUCUGUCUGCCUUUCGUGGUGCUGGACGCGCUGUACCCCUGGGUGCCGGCGCUGCGACGCUACAAGAUCCAUCCGGAUUUCUCGCCUUCGGCUGGGCAGCUGCUGCCCUGCCUGAAGCUGACUUUCUACCAGCACGUGAUGUUCGUGUUCCCGGUGACACUGCUGCACAGGGUCUGCAGUCCCGACAACCUGCCGUUGGACGCUCCUGGACUGCCGGAGUUGGUGUGUCAUGUCGUGAUUUGUCUGCUGCUCUUUGAUGCUGAGUUCUUCGCGUGGCAUUUGCUGCACCAUAAAGUGCCCUGGCUGUACCGGACCUUCCACAAAGUGCACCACCAGAACUCGCUCUCCUUUGCUUUGGCCACGCAAUACUUGAGUGCCUGGGAGCUGUUUUCCUUGGGUUUCUUUGAUAUGGUGAACGUGACGCUGCUCGGAUGUCAUCCGCUCACCGUACUGGUGUUCCAUGUGGUCAACAUCUGGCUGUCGGUGGAGGACCAUUCAGGUUAUGACUUCCCUUGGUCCACGCACAGACUGGUACCUUUCGGGUGGUAUGGGGGCGUGGUGCACCACGACCUCCAUCACUCUCACUUCACCUGCAACUUCUCACCGUACUUCACACAUUGGGACAAAUUAUUGGGAACCCUGCGGUAG